CUGGAAUUAAGCUUCAUAUCACGCGAGUUGAACGAAGUAUUCAGUAUACAAAUGACACUGCAGAUGGCAUCUUAUUUCGCAUUCUUUCUGGAAUUGUGUUGCGAGCUUUACACAGAAUAUGUAGACAAGGAAACAGAUACAUUAGAGCAAUUUCUAAAUAAAUUAUUUACUUAUAUCUGGGCCGUUAUAUAUACUACGAAACUUCUCGUAUUAAAUCAUAUUUGUCAAACGAUUUGUGAUAAGGUAAAUGAGACAAUAACGAUUCUUCAUAAAUUGUCCAAUGAUAAUUCGGAUAAAGAUUUACAGGAGCAGAUUCUACAAUUUAUACUACAGAUAAAACGAAGGGAAGUAAAAUUUUAUGGUAUGGGACUUUUCUAUUUCGGUUAUGAUUUCAUUCGUAAGUUCUAUGCGAGAAUUGCAACCGUGUUGGUGAUGAUAAUGCAAAUGCAUAUAACUUAUUAUGAUUUAUCACCGUAUGAUGAUGCAACCGAUGAAAGUUAA